AGCUCUCCAGCUUCACAACAGACCCCACUGCCCAUGAUUGUCUGAACACAGCCGCAGACAAAGCAUAGCACUCCUAGCUACUGUGGUCUGCACAUCUUCGCAAUCAUGGCUUCCCUACCAUUCCGGGACAUCAACGUCCAUGCUUCCACAUCGCAUUACGCCUUCACUUCGCCUUCCUCGCCAUCGGCCCCAACACUCGUUGUCGACCGCCCAUCAGGAGAUCUCCGCUUGAACGACGGGACAUUAUUGGGAGGGAAGCGUGUCUCUAGCAUCGCCGGGAUUUUGGGCAUGAUCAAGUUACGGCUAGACAAAUACAUCAUCGUCAUUACCAAAGCUCAGCCAAUGGGCAGACUGAAGGGACAUAUGGUAUAUAAAGUCAUUGCGACCGAGUUCCUGCCUCUGCGAGAACGACCCCUCCACGAUCAGGACGAGGACACCUACCUAGCCUUGCUUAAGGCGUUCAUCAAGUCUUCCCCCAUGUACUUCUCGUACUCCUUCGACAUCACAAACACAUUUCAAAGGCAAUCACAACUCGACCCUUCUGUGCCAUUAUGGGAGAGAGCAGAUGAUCGAUUCUUCUGGAACAAGUUCGUCCAGUCCGAUCUCAUCGAUUUCCGGACCUCGGGGACUCGACAUCAGCAUGGCCAGCAGCCCGGAGUGGAUCCUUAUAUACUUCCUGUUAUGUUUGGAAUGAUGGAGAUUAUUACAACCAGGGUCAAGUCGACUCCUCUCACCUUGGUCUUGAUUACUCGGCGGUCACGGCACCGAGCUGGGACAAGAUACUUCUCGAGGGGAAUUGAUGAGCAAGGUCAUGUCUCCAAUUUCAAUGAGACAGAGCAAAUCAUUAUCUUGAAUGAUAGUACCAGUGGCUUAGGCGGCUUUGCUGGUGGUGGUGGAAUGCAGAAUGGUAAGGUUGGUGGAUCUGGAGGAAAGGAAGUCCAGAUAAUGUCCUACGUUCAGACCAGAGGAAGUGUGCCUGUAUUUUGGGCCGAGGUCAACACGCUGCACUAUACCCCGAAGCUGCAGAUUCGCGGUGUGGAGACAGCAGUCUCGGCCGCCCAGGCGCAUUUCGACGAGCAAAUCCGACUAUACGGGGACAAUUACCUCGUCAAUCUUGUGAAACAAAAGGGCCGAGAGCAGAGAGUGAAAGAGGCAUAUGAGCAAAUGAUUAAGAUGCUUGUGUCCUCGCCUUUUGAGGGCACUUCGGAAGACAGUAGAUCGAGCGAAAAGUUCCAUCUCGUCGAAUCAAGCACUAGCCAGCAAGAAUUCGAUCGCCUGCACUAUGUCUAUUUCGACUUCCAUAACGAGACCAAGGGCUUGCAAUGGCAUCGAGUACAGCUUCUAGUCGAUCAGCUCCACGACGCACUAGAAAGACAGCAGUACUUCCGUGGUGUCGAUAUGCCCGCGGAUCUCGAAGGCCGCCUUGAAGUCCGCAAUCAUCAGACCAGUGUCAUUCGAACCAAUUGCAUGGAUUGUCUUGAUCGUACAAAUGUUGUUCAAAGCAUCCUUGCUCGUACGGCCCUCAACCGACAACUCACUGACCUGGGUGUUCUCUCCCGCGGCGAGACCUUCACAUCCGACCCAGCCUUCGAAGUUCUCUUCCGCAAGAUAUGGGCCGACAACGCAGAUGUGGUGUCUACGUCGUACUCUGGAACUGGAGCGCUGAAGACCGAUUUCACUCGUACUGGUGUACGCACAAAAGCAGGUCUUCUUCAAGAUGGACGGAAUUCAAUGACCCGGUACUUCAGGAACAACUUCACUGAUGGUCCCAAGCAAGACGCUUUUGAUCUCUUCCUUGGGGCCUAUCUACCAACCACGAGUUCAUACCUCCUCUUCGUAGACCAACGGCCGCUUCUCGUCCAAUCCAUCCCCUACGUCUUCGCCUUCAGUUUAUUCUUUGUCUUCAUCGGGUCCUUUACAAGAAGAUUGCCAGAUGCUGCUGUCCUUCCUGUGAGAAUAUUCAUCUUGUUCUGGUUCGUCGUCGCAGCUUGGUGUGCGAACUUCAUCAUCAGGAACGGGAUGCUAUACGUCAAUUGGCCAAAGCUCAACCCGCGACCGUGGGCCACUGAAGGGUACCAGGAGGCCAUCAGCAAUGUUCGGAAGGACAAAGUGAUUGGUGGUUUGGUUGCAAGACAUGAGAGGGGUCUCAGUACUGCCAGGUACACGAAUGCGGAAGAGGGGAAGAAAAGGAUUGAGUAGAGGCGUCUUCGACUUUUUGUUCAUCUGUUGAUUUCUCGACGUUGGGAAGCUUCUAUAGAUUUCCCGAAGGCGGCAGGCCCGUUUAGACUAAUGUUAUAUCCGCGCUGUACGGUUAUUCUUUCAGUUACUCUUUAAUUGCUGGCUUCUGGUGCUGGCUCAAUAUAAUGAUGGUGUAAGUCUCACAAUUUUGCGUCCGGAGUGUUCAGAUCCGACCUCCCAUGUCACAACUCAUAAGCGGGGGCAGUUCCCAACCUUUACGCAUUCUGCUUAUGGUCUCCACUCUGCUACUGUCCAAUAAUAAACUCCAGGUGUGUGGAUUCUCC